GCUUGUGCCCCUCCUCCGCCCUCCCGGGGCUGGGCCGCGCGCGCCGGCUCUGGGCGGGGCCCCGCGGUGGCGGCGGGACUCCUCCCCCUGCGGCUCCUCCUUCUCCUCCUCGGUCCCAGCACCUCCCCGGCCUCCCUGACCUCCCCCUCCGGCGCUCUCGCACUGACUGCGCUCCUCCGGCGCCUCUCCGCCCGCGCUCCCAGCCAUGGUGGUCUGGCGCUCGGCAUUCCUCCUCUGCCUCGCUUUCUCCUUGGCCACUCUGGUCCAAAGAGGAUCUGGGGACUCUGAUUUUCGUCUGGAGGAUGCGUUGAAAGAAACUUCCUCAGUAAAGCCACGAUGGGACCAUGGCACCACAACCAAGAGGCCAGGAACAACCAGAGCUCCGCCAAAGCCUGCAGAAGACGACUUUGACUUGGCUGACGCCCUGGAUGACCGGAAUGAUCUAGACGACGGCCGCAGGAAACCGAGCGCUGGGGGAGGGGGUUUUUCAGACAAGGAUCUUGAAGACAUAUUAGGCGGUGGUGAAUACAAACCUGACAAAGGUGAUGGGCGGUAUGGCAGUGACGACUCAGAAUCCGGAGUGUCGGCCGAGGCUGGCACCAUCGCGGGUGUGGCCAGUGCCCUAGCCAUGGCCCUGAUCGGCGCGGUCUCCAGCUACAUCUCCUACCAGCAGAAGAAGUUCUGCUUCAGCAUCCAGCAUGCAGCAGAAGGUCAAGAGGGUCUGAAUGCGGACUACGUGAAGGGAGAGAACCUGGAAGCCGUUGUGUGUGAGGAACCCCAAGUGAAAUACUUGACGCUGCAGACGCAGGCUGCCGAGCCGCCGCCCCCCGAUGCACCCCGGAUCUGAGGGCCACUGCUCGCGACCAGCUCAUUUCACCGUGACCCGCGGCUGCCCUGCUGCUUCUCUGACGUCAUCGCUUCUCCUUCUAACUCCAGAUGAGCUCGCGGGUGUGUGUGUGUAGUGUGUGUGUCGCAUCUGAGACCCGGCUCCGGCGGAAAGCCGGCACCAGCCUCGGAGCCGCUGGAUCACCGCACCCCCAAA